UUAUUUACAUUCAGUUCUAGAUUUCGGAGGAAAUAGCGAUGUGCUUGCAAAGUUAGUCGUAUUUAUUUGUUGAAAAAAUUUAACUUAUUUGUCAGUAGAGAACACAUUUGACGAUCAAAAUGACUCCUGCUAUGGUGCAGGACCGUCUGGCACCGGAAAACAUCGAAUCCUUCGUGAACGACUGCCUCCGGGAGGAUUUGAAAUUGUACGAACAGCAACUGAACCGGCUGAACGCAGACAUCAUGGAAUACGUCCAGCUCAAGAACAUGAUCGAAAACAUCCAGGAAAAUUCCGGCGAAGGAUUCAAAACGCAGGUCAACAUCGGCGGAAACUUUUUCAUGAAGGCCAAAGCGGAUCGGGUGCAGAGGAUUUUGGUUGACGUCGGGCUGAAGCAUUUUUUGGAGUUUACUUUGGAGGAAGCGCUCAAAUUUGUGGACAUGAAGGUCAAGGUGUUGACCAAACAGGCGGAUGUGAUUCGGGACAAAAGUGUGGAAACCAGGGCCAAUAUUAAACUGGCACUGAUGGUGAUUGGUGAUAAAAAUAUGAUGUAUGCUGAUACAGAGCGGUGACCGACUUAAAUUGAAUAAAUUAUUUCAAAUACGAAGUACAAAAUUAAAA